AAUUUGGGUUUGAAGCCAAAGAUUCCAGUCUUCCCCACUGUUUAUAAUUUUGACUCCCUCUCUUUCUCUCUCUUUUAUCCCAACUUUCCAUGUCUUCUCUCUCUCCUCCCCUCUCCUCUUCUCUCACCCCACAGAAUCGCCGGGCUUGGCCUCCCCGAAACCCUAGAAUUCCCCACGUUUUCCUCUUCGCCGUUCUUCGUGUUCUGCCUCUCAUACCCUUGGAUUCCUCACGGCGCCUCAUCGAUUCGCUGGGUUACCAACUGGGUUAGGGUUUCUGAUGCUAUUCUAUUGAAUCCCGAACCGCGGUUGGCUUCUGAGUGAAGGAGCGAUGGAGGACAAUGUUGGAAUCCCGGAGGAUCUUCGUUGCAAGCGGUCGGACGGGAAGCAGUGGCGUUGCAGCGCGCUGUCGAUGCCUGACAAGACCGUGUGCGAGAAGCACUACAUCCAGGCCAAGCGCCGGGCGAUGAACUCGGCAAUGAGAGCAAACAUGAGGAAGGCUUCUAAGCGCAAGUCUCUGGACAAUUCCGACAUCUAUCUGGAGAGCCGGCGCCGGGAACGGGAUGUGUCUAGGUCGUCUAUGUCUCCGGUGAACCGUGUUGGAGAGUCGGCUUCGAUGCCUAGUUUAAAGAAGCACAAGGACCGGGUGACUAAGAGCCGUGGGUUUUAUUCAUCGGCGGGGGUUCGAGGAGGCUCACCGCAUCGUGGUGGUUUGCAGCAAAGAGAUGCAGUGCCGGUGGAUGGCAGUAGGGUUCAGCCGGUGUACUACACUCCUUCAAGCAAGGAGAUGAAGAAUUUUAGUGGGAACGGUGUUGGGCAGGAUUAUUCUGGGAAAAGUUCUGAUUCUUCCGGUGAAGCUGAAGGGAUCACUUGCCAUCACUGCCAGAGGAACUAUAGGACGAAUGUGGUGUGGUGCACAAGUUGCGAUAGGAAAGGGUAUUGUGAUGGCUGCAUCUUAAAAUGGUAUGCUGAGAUACCUAUAGAAGAUAUUCAAAAAGCAUGCCCAGCAUGUCGUGGUAUAUGUAAUUGCAGGGUCUGCUUGCGUGGAGAUAACCUGAUUAAGGCAAAGGUUGAAAGCAUAGCUGCAAUAGAUAGGUUGCGAUAUCUUCACAGCCUUUUGGCCUUCAUACUGCCCGUCCUUAAGCAGAUAUAUUCUGAGCAGUGUUUUGAGAUAUCAAUCGAAAAAAGAAUAUAUGGAAUCAAAGCUGACAUUCCCAGAGAAAAAAUAAAUGCGGAUCAGCAAAUGCGUUGUGAUCUUUGCAAAAUACCGAUUUUCGAUUAUCAUCGUCAUUGUACUCAAUGUAUGUAUGAUCUGUGCCUCACCUGCUGCCGUGAUAUCCGACAUGCCUCUUUGAUUAGUGACAAAGGAGAAUCUGCGGCUGAAAAAGCUUAUAAUGAUGAAUUGAUGCCUCGAUCAGCUGAUGUGGGUGGUUUAGAUUUUACAGGGUUAUUUCCCAAGUGGAAGGUGAACAGUGAUGGAAGCAUACCAUGCGGUCCUGGUGAAGCUGGUGGUUGUGGCUUUACAAAGUUAAUAUUACGACGCAUUCUCAAAAUAAACUGGACUGGAAAACUUUUAAAAAAUGCAGAGGAAAUGGUGAAUGGGUGUGUAGGAUCUGAUCUGCAUGGCCCUGAUAGAUGUGUUUCUUAUUGCACAGGAACUUCAAAUUCUAGUUUAAAGGAUUCAGUUCAAACAGAUCUACUGAAGUGCUCCUCCAGAGAUGAUAGCAGUGAUAAUUUCUUGUAUUAUCCUGCAUCAGAGGAUAUUAAACUUGAAGGCAUCAAUCGUUUCCAUAAGUUUUGGGUCAAAGGUCAACCAGUUAUUGUAAAAAACGUGCUUGAGCGUUCAUUGGCAUCUGGAUGGGAACCUAAGGAUAUCUGGAAGGGGGUUCAAGAAACUUUAGAUGAAGAGAUGAAUGAAAAUGAUGUCGUUGUGAAGGCUAUUGAUUAUCUAAGCCAGUCAGAGGUUGAUAUUGAGCUUUCUCAAUUCAUCAAAGGAUACUCAAAAGGAUUUAAAGAUGAAAGUGGUUGGCCUAAAAUGUUGAAAUUGAAAGAUUGGCCCCCUCCAAGUGCCUUGGAAGAGUUUUUAUUGUGCCAUAGACCUGAGUUUCUUAGCAAUUUUCCAUUGGUUGAAUUUAUUCAUUCCAAAUGGGGUCUUUUAAAUCUUGUCUCUAAGCUGCCACAUGAUACUCUACAGUCUGAAGCAGUACCCAAGAUUUUCAUUACUUAUGGUACAUGUAAGGAGCUUGGCAGAGGUGAUCCUGUCACCAAACUUCAGAUUAACAUGAGUGACAUGGCUUGUCUUUUAAUGCAUACUGCUGAACCUGAUUCUGGAGGUUAUCAGAGGUCCAUUGUUGAAAGGCAUGAUAAACUUUUGGGGAAAUCUGAAGAAUGCAAUCCAGCUGGGGGAAGUGACAGAAUUGAUUUGUGCAAAUUUGCAGGAGAGGUAGACUAUCAAUCAUACUCGGGCACUGGAGUUAAUUUCUUGGAAAAGAAAAGAAAUGAAGCUGUCCUUUUAAUUGGAAAUUCCGCAAAAAACCACGACAAGGCUGGAACCAUUUGGGAUAUUUUCCGGAGGCAAGAUGUGCCAAAGUUGAAUGAAUUUUUCAGAGUUCAUUCAGACCAUUUUGCAAAUUCUGCUACCCUUCCUGUUUAUGACCAAGCUCUCUAUCUGAACAAUGAAACCAAAAGAAAAUUGAAGGAUGAAUUCAGUGUAGAGCCAUGGACAUUCCAGCAGCAUGUUGGGGAGGCUGUAUUUAUACCUGCUGGCUGUCCUUUUCAAGUUAGGAAUCUUCAGUCUUCGGUACAAUUGGCCUUCGAUUUUCUAUCCCCUGAGAGCUUGGGCGAGUCCGUUCGAAUGGCACAAGAGAUCCGUUGCCUUCCUUCCGACCAUGAAGCCAAGCUCAAAAUGCUGGAGGUGGAGAAAAUGUCUCUGUAUGCUGCCAGUUCUGCUGUCAGAGAAGUUCAUAAGAUCGCACUUGACCCCAAGCUGAGUUCAGAAAUAAAAUUUGAGGAGAAGAGGCUUACAGAGAUGGUUUCUGAGAAUUUGGAGAGGAUUUCAAAGCGAAGAAGGCAGAUUGCUUGUCCUUAACGGCCAUCUUAUUAUUUGUAUAUUUUUGUUAUGGUGUAAGAUAGAUAAGUGUAUAGAUUGUAGAGUAUCAUAGAACCAUAUUUAAUUCAAAUGAUUUGUUUCGAUUAUUGUCAAUAUCAACUUAUUAUUGGCUUGUUUGUAAUUUACGAAUAGUUCAAAGGUUGCGUAUUAUUUGAAGUUUUA